UACCCCCUUAUCCGCAUCUGAAUGGCUAUCCAGUCAGAGACGUCACAGCCGGAGCUUUAGUUCAAAGAAAGGUCGCUAGAUCUGGAUCUCGUGAAGCAGGUAUCUUCUCCGUCGGCUCUGAAGGGAGGUUUGCAGUAGCUGCUCGGGUGCGGCGCUUGGUGCCUCGUUGCCCGGGUAUUCGCUGAUGGACGAAGAGUUUGAGGAACAUGAUUUUUCUGAUGGAGCGGUGGGUGAGGGAGAGCCUGCACUUGAUCCGACGGAAGAACAUCAACCAGUUAUUACUUCUCGGUUGUCAGUUAAGCGUGUUAUAGAGAUGGUUGCAAAAUUUGACGAAUACAAGAGAUGGCUUGUAACCGAAAUUGGUUUUGGUGCAAUUCUGAAGCUCCCAAUGCUUGUCAAGUUGGACCUGAGGAUGAGUGCUUGGGUUAUGAGGAAGGUGAAUGCUCGGUGUCGUGCAAUCGCCAUUGAUAAUGACAAUACGAUUGGUUUCACAGCAGAAGAUUUCCACAAGGUUUUUGGCAUCCCAUGCGGGAAUCGAGAUGUGGGUGGCAGGGAUGCACAAAUUUCUCAGUCUGCAAUCAAUUUCAUCAAGCAGUCAAUUGGGAUGGACAGUACAGUUGCUCAUAAUCUGAAGGUGGCUGAAGGUUUUAUAAGUAGAGAUAUUUCAGAGGAUUCGAGUAAAAUUGAAAAUGAUUGUUUUCAAAUUGCAUUCGUCAUCUUUGUCAUGGGCUAUUUGAUAGCACCAUGUACCAAGCAUGACACCAUGACCAUUGAUUUCUGGGGUGCUCUGGCCAAUCCAGAAUUGAUCCCGCAGUUCAAUUGGUGUGAGUAUGCUAUGCAGAAAUUGAUGUCAGCUGUUGUGAAGUUGCAGAAUGAUUAUCAAAGCAAAGCGGCAACGGUUCAUAUGUUUGCGUGCCACCUUUUUUUCCAGCUUUUCUUGCUGGACAACAUUGACCUUGGAUUGUUCAAUAUGUUGCCAUCUGAAUUUCCCCGUGUGCAGUACUUCGAACAGAAAAGGUUUCGGCAGAUGAUCAUAAUGGCUUAUGGCAUGAAGCACGGGAAGUGGGGUUAUGUCCCUGCAGGGGUGCGGCCUGCGGAGCUAGUUAUGUACACGCGGCCAGACACGACGCGCCAAGGAUGCAUUGACUACCAUGUAUCAUCAGGUUUAGUGAAGCAAUCAGUUCCAAGGGUGCCUGAUAGAGUGGACCAACGGACUCCGGAUUUGGGUGUGCAUGCAACGACGGCACCAGAUGACUAUUUGGGUGAUGUGAGGUCGGCAUAUCAUUCACUUGGGCCAAGGGAUUUUGCAAAUCAUUUGCGCCAGACUUGCUACGGUGAUCCGGUCCUUGAAGAGCUGAGCCUGAUGCUGAAGCAGCAGAAUGCAAAGUGCACGUUGAGCAUGUCAUUGCUGCGGAGUAGGAUGCAGUCUGACAUGCUUAGCUUUGCUGAUAGAAUUGUAUCACUUGUGUAAACUUGUAUGUGGUAUGCACACACCGAUUUACUUUUUGCA